AUACCAAAUCAGGGCUCUUCCGUUUCCAAUUCGCGCUCCAAUUCCAACACCGCUUCCUUUGGCCGCUGCUGCUUUUAGAAUCAACUCAUCAGUUUCGAAAUUUGCGCUUUCUAUUUCCAAUUGCAUUCCCAAAUUCUCACGUUCCGCCGCCUAUUUUGCUCUAACAUUUUGGCGGCGUCUCCUCUUUUUCAUUGGGUCCGCCAUAUCUCUCUUUUGGGAUUCUACAGAGUUUGUUUUCUCUCUGGAAUUUCCCCUUCUUCUCCUCCUGAAGAACACUCCUUGUGAAACCCAGAAGGCAGCUGUUGUUAGUGGGCUGUUCCAUUCUCUUUCAGUAAAUGGGCUGUGGUCCGUCUAAAGGAAGAAGGCAAUACCUUGGAUACGAGGAUCCUGUUUCCCUUGCUUCACAAACGACCUUUAGUGUCAGUGAAGUCGAAGCUCUAUUCGAGCUUUUCAAAACUAUAAGCAGUUCAGUGAUAGACGAUGGUCUAAUAAACAAGGAAGAAUUUGUAUUGGCUCUUUUCAAGAACAGGACGAAAGAAAACCUCUUUGCAAGUCGGAUGAAUUAUCUGAAGCGUUGAUCGACUCCAAUUUUAUUGGAAUCAAUCCAACUCACGAGCAGCACUAGCUGUGUCGAUGCGUUUGUACUUACAUGUCUGUAGUAUCCGUAGCUACGCUUACUCGGCUUAUCGUAGAG